UAUGACUGUCCGCUAAGGUAGACAGUAGUCGAAUCGUAGUACGUCCUGAUACAUUGCUACUCUCGAGUAUUCGUACAAACAACGAUGCGGGAAUGCAUAUCAAUUCACAUUGGACAGGCGGGCGUGCAAAUGGGUAACGCCUGUUGGGAACUGUAUUGUUUAGAACAUGGAAUUCAACCGGACGGGCAGAUGCCCACUGAUACUACUGUCGGUCACGGGGACGACUCUUUUAAUACUUUCUUUUCCGAAACAGACUCGGGAAAGCAUGUACCGAGAGCUGUUUUCGUUGACCUUGAGCCAACGGUGGUAGAUGAAGUUCGUACGGGCACGUAUAGGCAGUUAUUUCACCCGGAACAGUUAAUCACGGGGAAAGAAGAUGCUGCAAAUAAUUAUGCACGCGGACACUAUACGAUAGGAAAGGAGAUCGUUGAUCUCACUGUGGACCGAAUUCGCAGACUAGCCGAUCAGUGUAGAGGUUUACAAGGCUUCUUAAUUUUUCAUUCGUUCGGCGGUGGCACAGGAUCAGGAUUUUCCAGUCUGCUAAUGGAAAGAUUAUCCGCCGAUUAUCCUAAGAAAAGUAAAUUAACGUUUAGCAUUUAUCCAGCGCCGCAGGUAUCGACUGCCGUCGUGGAGCCAUACAACGCGAUUCUUUACACACAUCCAACUUUAGAACAUUGCGAGGUGGCCUUCAUAGUUGAUAAUCAAGCUAUUUACGAAUUAUGCAGGAGAAACUUGAACAUCGAUCGGCCGACAUACACGAAUCUAAAUCGUUUAAUCGGUCAGAUCGUUUCCUCUAUCACUGCUAGUUUACGAUUCGAUGGAGCUCUUAACGUCGACCUCACCGAAUUCCAAACGAACUUAGUGCCUUAUCCGCGUAUUCAUUUUCCUCUUGCAACGUACGCUCCUGUUUUGUCGGGCGAGAAAGCUGGCCACGAAAGAAUUUCGGUAGCGGACAUAACGAGUUCUUGCUUCGAACCGAAUCAUCAGAUGGUGAAUUGCGAUCCGCGUAGGGGUAAAUAUAUGGCCGUAUGCAUGCUUUACAGAGGAGACGUCGUUCCUAAAGAUGUGAACGCAGCAAUCGCUAUGAUUAAAAGACAGAAACACGUUCAAUUUGUCGAAUGGUGCCCCACUGGUUUUAAGGUAGGGAUAAAUUACCAACCACCCACUGUGGUACCAGGUGGUGAUCUGGCGAAAGUGGAAAGAGCUGUGUGUUGCCUCUGUAAUACCACUGCGAUAGUCGAUGCGUGGGCCAGAAUUGAUCAUAAAUUCGAUCUUAUGUACGCCAAACGAGCAUUUGUUCACUGGUUCGUCGGCGAAGGUAUGGAGGAGGGUGAAUUUGCAGAAGCCAGAGAAGACUUGGCUGCUUUAGAACUGGAUUAUCGUGAAGUACAGGAAGAUGCAGCCAAUACCGAAGACGAAGAAGAAUACUAA